UUAAGAUGAAACUUCGUUCUAGUCGAGUCACCUUGGAAGCAUUUAAAAGUUGCAUAACGCUGCUAGAAAAGUUGCAACUCCAAGUAGAACUUGACAAAAAUAGGAACCGAACAAGUACUUCUUCAGAACGACUUGAAGAAAAACUGCAAGAUUACCAGUCGUUGUUGAGUACUCUCGAAGCUACUAAAGAACUUGUCGAACCUUUAGUUCAGUGUGAGUUGGAAAUAGUUGGUGUCAACUUUGUAGAGCCCAAGAAUGGUCCAGCUAACGGUUUCGACACACUACUCUAUAUUUUACAUUCGUUGUUGUGUAAAAUAAGAAACCUUUGUGAAAAACUAUUGGAUUCUCCAAGUGGUUGGAAAUCGUUGUUUCAGAAAAGGAACAUCUUGGAAAAGCUAUUAGCAAGACACGAACAACUGCGUUCUUUUUAUGCAAUAUUGUAUCUCGCUAUCAAAAUGAAGGAGGCAGUUGACGUUACUCAGACGCUUUUGGUGAGUGAAAAGAUACAUCCAGAUUUUACCCUGAGUCGAUGGAAACAAGUAGUCAAAACGGAUGCAUUUUUUGGUCGAUACUUUGGUUUUCAUUAUCAGUCGGAUAUUCGCCAAUUGUUAAGAAUGACUUUGGUUGCUAAGGAAACUAUACAUAAGACUUAUGAAGGGUGUCAAAAGGAACCCAAAUUCAAGACCAUUUCUUUAUUGGGUUGGGGUUGGUUUUAUAGUCACUUGCAAAUGUUCGAACAGUUAGGUUUAGAUGUGAAACAUGCAAAGCAAUUGGGAAUAGAAUUGUCGAGCCCUCCAACUAUCGAGCAAAUUCGGGCUUUUUGGAAUUUAAUAGAAGAGCCAUUUUUAGCUGGUUUAACACAGUUUGUAAGUGCAGAUGUUUCAACUGAUAAGACUUUUUGCAUUCCUCCGCCUUGUUUGCAUUCUUUGCGUCGUUUUGAGGAAAAUCUAUCUGCAUCACAUUUUCUACGUCUCCCUUCCUCAGAGGUUCGAAAUCCUGUACAAAUUCGAUACAUUAGUUAUCAUUGGCGAAAUAUUUCUGAAGAUACCAUUCAGCAAAGCGAUGCUGUACAAAAAAUGGAAAUGGAAGACUCGAAGCUUGUUUCUUCUGGUUUAACAGAAAAAUUAUCUCAUCAAAUGAAGAAUAUUGGAGUUUCAUGGGAUGGCUGGUUAAGAAAUAAAGCAAAUGAUCCUGCCAAAGGAUUGAUAGUCCAUAUUCAUGGAGGUGGUUUCAUAGCUCAGAGUUCCUCAAGUCAUUCAAUUUAUUUAAAAGAAUGGGCCGUAGAUCUUCCCAAUUCCUGUAUCGUAUCGAUUGAUUAUAAAUUAUCACCGGAACACAAAUAUCCUGUUGCUCUUGAAGAAUGUACUUAUGUUUACACUUGGCUAUUAGAGCAUCAUGACUUGUUAUGCACCACAGCAGAACGCAUUGUCGUUGUUGGAGAUUCUGCAGGAGGAAACUUGGCACUUGCUAUGGUUUUGAAGUUGCUGACUCGUGGACUACGAAUCCCAGAUGGAAUUGUUUUGGCAUAUCCUGCUCUUUAUCUAUUUCCAGCAUGGUCACCAUCUCGACUCUUGUCUUUGUUUGAUCCAUUGUUACCUGCUUCUGUUUUGGAAAUUUGUAUGAAAGCUUAUUUACCUGAAAAUGUCAAUGCAUACGAAGAUGUAUUUGUAUCUCCUGGAAUGGCUUCGGAUACUUACUUGAAAAAGCUGCCUUCUCUUUUAGUCAUAGCUGGUGGUUUAGAUCCUUUACUGGAUGAUUCAGUAGUAUUUGUUCAUCGCUUAAGACGAUGGAGAGAAGAUACAGAAAUACAAAUAUUUCCCAAUCUUCCUCAUGGAUUCUUAAACAUGGGACUAGUUCAAUACAUUUGCAAGUAGAAUGGUGCGGCAAUACAUCAUAA